AUGUCAGCAGAUUUUGCGAGCCUCAGCAUUGCCGAAUUUCUGACUUUCGACCCAAGGCCUACUUUCGUUGUCGAGCUCGACGGGCCCGAAAACAAGUCACUAUCGUCACCCGCCAUAAUAUACUUCAACCCAGCUCUCAAUCGUAGUGCAAAUCUUUCGGCGGCUGUAUCGGAGCUGUCCCGAAAUCGUCAUGCGGAGACAUGGCGAUGGGUGACGGCGCACACAACGCCUGGAGCCGAGUCCUCAAGGCUGCACGUCGGCGUCUACUGGACUCGCACUACUAUACAAGACCGAUGGGUUGUAGUCAGUGGGAACGCACAGGCCCCCGAUCCAAGACAGCAUAGUCCACUGUCGCCUCUUCCAACACCCCCUCAAGAUGCCAAGGAUUUCUUGCCCAAGAGCAUCAUGACCGGUGGGCGAGAGCCUUAUGACACGGGACUUCCGCUCGAGAUUACACCCGACGAAGAACCGCGAACGAUCGAAUUGGUACCCGCCGGCGGCUCAAUCGACACCCAAGGGCGACGAGAUGACUCGGUCGAUCAGGAAUGGUCCGUAUCGACUUCAGGAGCAGACGAGGAACCCUUUUUCAAAACAAUCACUGCAUACGACUGGGCUUCCACACCCCUUGGUCCUCACCACACUUGGUCUCCUCAGCUCCUACAUGCUGUCAACCAGAUCAUGGUGGACUCUCGAUGUCUGGCAAUCUAUUGGGGAAGUGAAUACACGACAAUAUACAAUGAAGCAUUCAGCACUCUAUGUGGCAAGCGGCACAACACUGCUCUGGGAAAGCCUGUCGAUGAAAUUUGGCCGGAGAAGGGUCAGCACUUGAGGGCCAAAAUGGUUGAGAGUGCGCGCCGAAAUCGUCCAAACUGCAUUGAGGAAGAGUGCGGUGUCUUUGUUGGAGGGGCAGAUGGGUCUAUGCGUGAGACGUAUCUGAAGUGGUCACUGAUUCCGAUGAAAGAACAUGGCAAGGUUGUGGGAUUCAUACAUUCCGUCAUUGAGAUUACCUCUAUGCGGCUAUGGGAACGACGCAUGAAGAUGCUCAUCGAUCUUGGGGAGUCACUGGUCACCGCCAGAGACACCAAGGCAUACUGGAGGAGGACCAUUGAGCAUCUGGAGGCUGUAAGGCCUACCUACGACAUCCCGCUGGCGAUUUUAUACUCUGUCAGCUGCAGAAGGAACUCUGGAGACUCGUCCGAUUCGAACAGCAAGAACGAGGCCAGAGUAUGCUAUCUCGAAGGCUCGCUGGGCGUUCCUAGGGGCCAUCCUAUUGCACCGCCUAGACUAAACCCUCAAAUCAGUGACGGUGGUCUUGCUGCAGCUUUCAGACUAGCUCUUCAAGAACUCAAGCCCAUUCCGAUUCGAAUGGAUGGCGAGAUCUUCCCACCGCAACUUCUGGAAGAUCUUCAAUGGCGUGGAUUUGGAGAUCCCUGCCAAGAAGCUCUCGUUUGUCCCAUAAGACCGACCAGAGACGAGGAGGUCAUGGGUAUUCUAGUGCUCGGCCUGAACCCUCGACGGCCCUACGAUAUUGGAUAUCGACAGUACAUCUCUCUUCUCGACCAGAUGCUAAGAACUUGCUUGGCGUCGACUGUCUUACUCGAAGAGGAGGCACGCAGAGGCAAAAAGGCCGCCAAGCAAGCGGCUCAGAACCAUGCCAUGCUGAUGGAGAGAAUUGGUGAACAGGCAAAAGAAGCCAAUGAAUUCAUGCAACGCUUUGAGUCGGUGGCUCAGUUUUUGCCGGUCGGUGUAAGCUUUGGAGACGGCCAGGGAAAUAUUACAUUCGCCAAUGAUGCCUGGUACAGGAUUACUGGGAUUCAGCGAACCGGGCCAAAUGGUCACAUAUCCAUGGAGGAUUUCUUGGCUGUUGUUUUGGACGAGGAUCGCAACGUCGUAGUGCGUGCCUUUGAUGGUCUGAAACGAGGCGAAAACACGACCUUUGAGUUCAGGGUCAAACGAUACGAACGAAAUGAGGAAGGAAACGGAGCCUUGACACCUCUGUCUGGGCUCCAAUCUCCAAGCUUCGAAAAGGCAGGAAUGGAUUUAGUAGGACUUGGCGACACCAGGGUGUGUCUUGCCUCGGCCAAGCCAGAGAUGCCAGGAAACGGCAACAAGCCCAUGCGCAUCAUGAUUUGCUUGACCGACGUGACGCUACACAAGAGGACGGCGGAGGAGGCUGUGCGUAGGGCACAGCAAGCUGAGAACCUGAAGCGGAUGGCCGAGCUCGCGACUGUCGGCAUGUACGGUAUGGAUCUGGAGGGGACGCUUCUUGAGGCGAACAAUGUUUUCUACGAGAUGUGCGGCAUCAGAAAGGUUGACGACCCGAAGGCAAGCGGGGGGUACACCAAACCGUUCGAUGAAUGCGUUGUUGCAGAGGAUCUCGAAGUCUUGAAGGGAGCAGUUUCUCGUUUGGUCAGCGAAGGGAAGACGCAAACCGCCGAGUUGAGGUUCAAGAAAGAUUGGUCAAUAGAGGAUGAAGAUAGCGGCGUCAGGGUUGUGGCCCCACGGUGGAUGGUUGCGACAUUGAUGCCUGUGAGGGAUGCAGAUGGUGUCAUCUGCUCCUUCACGGGCUGUCUGAGCGAUGCCUCACUGCAAAAGUGGCAACUAGAACGGGAGAGAUUGCGCAAGGAGGAUGCCAUCGAGUCCAAACGACAACAAGAGAGUUUCAUCGACAUGACGUCGCAUGAGAUGAGGAAUCCGCUUUCCGCCAUCAUUCAUUGUGCCGAUGCUGUGAUAGCGUCGUUAACUAGAUGCCAGAGAAUUGAGCAGCGCGCGCUGGACAAUGAGAACAAGCAAGAGGGGUUGUCCCAAAAGCUCGAGAAGCUGACGGUUGGCCGUGGAAACAAGGGGCGCGAGUGGGACAAGGAGAUGGCCAAUCCAACAACAGCCGGAGUCGCAGAGAACUCGUUGUUGGCUCAUCCCAGCAGCUUCGGGGCGUCCGCCGACCGUCCCCAGCUCAUCAAAAACGGAAUCGACAACGCAGAGACGAUUAUUCUAUGUGCGCAGCACCAGAAGCGUAUCGUCGAUGACAUUCUCACCAUGUCCAAGCUCGACUCGAAGCUCCUGGUUGUGACGCCUGUGACCGCCGAUCCGAUCCAGAUAGUACAGGAGUCUCUCAAGAUGUUUGAGGUCGAAGCCCGUCGUGUUGAUAUCGAGUUGAGAAUGGCAGUCGAUCAGUCAUAUCGGGAUUUAGAUAUUGAGUUUCUGAUUCUGGAUCCCUCAAGGGUGAAGCAGGUUCUCAUCAACCUCCUGACCAAUGCGCUCAAGUUCACCUCCGGAUCCGGACCUACCAGGGUGGUAUCUGUGGGAAUCAGUGCUUCUACAAAACGACCGGAUGAGGGCACGUCGGCUGUACAGUUUAUCACUCGAGAAGAGGAUUCGGAAAUGGACAAGGAAAGAGAAAGUGAUGAUUAUGACGAUAACAAGCAAGUUGAUGGAGUGUGCGAUGAUGGGAAGCCUCGAAAAGGCCCCAUUUACAUCAUGUUCAAGGUGAAGGACACAGGACAGGGCCUGAACGAACAGGAAAAGAAGAUUUUAUUCAAGCGAUUUGUUCAGGCUUCCUCAAGGACGCACGUUAAGUACGGCGGGUCUGGACUUGGCCUCUUCAUUUCGCGACGACUUACCGAGAUGCAAAACGGAGCUAUCGGUGUUGCAUCCUCACCUGGCGUCGGAUCAACAUUUGCGUUCUAUAUCAAGACUUCAUGGCCGGAUCAAGAUGCCCUUGAAGAGGCUCGCAGCUCGGCUAAGGUCCUGGCUGCUGCCGCUGAAAGUUCCGGAACGCCUCCAAAGACCAGCUUGCCGGUUAACAAGCGACCUCCGCUGGUCUCAUCUCGCAUCCCUCCGUCGCCAAUGCGAGAGGACAUUGGCGUCAAGGGCAUAAUGAUUGUGGAGGAUAAUCUGAUAAACCAACAGGUUACACGUCGAAUGCUCGGAGAUUGGGGUUACGCCGUCGAUGUCGCGAACCAUGGUUUGGAGGCGCUAGAAAAGCUCAGGACGUCGAACAGGUUUGUGGGCAACGAUUCAGAUCUUGCCAAGAAGGAGAAUCUGCCCAACAUAAGUGCCAGUAGCCACAACGGGAUCGCAGCGGCGGCUAUCACUGCUGCCGUGUCCACGACCAGUGUGGAGCCGAGCAGCAAGUUUGAACUCGACGUCAUCCUAAUGGACAUUGAGAUGCCCAUACAGGAUGGUCUCGCGUGCACUCGUGCAAUUCGAGAACUGGAGCGGCAGGGCAAAAUCGUCACACGGCCUGGGCUUGGGACCAGCAGGCUGCCCAUCAUUGCUGUCAGUGCAAACGCGCGCAUGGAGCAGAUUCUCGAGGCGAAGGCCGCAGGCUGCGACGAUGUCUUGGUCAAACCCUAUCGCAUGCCCGAGCUCAUGGAAAAGAUGAGAAUAGUAUUGAACAGCCUGAGGGCGACUUCACCUGCCGAGAGCGAGUGA